CAACGUGAUACAUCGAUUGAAAAUGGCGGAAGUAUGGCUGGGUUUAUGAAUAUUGUACUAAAAAUUUUUGUCGAUCAUUUGGACAAGGUUGGGCUAAUUUAUAAGAGAGAUAUUGGAUCUUUCUUAAGCUACAAGGUUGGUAAAGGUCACAAAACAACACUGCCUCCAUCAAAGUCUCAUGUUACGAUAAAUCCGCAAUUUCUCGAGGGCAAGAGAGUUCUGUUCGUCGGGGAUGUCCAUGGCUGUUUUGACGAACUGCAAGAGCUGUACAAUGAAUGUACAGAUCCCAGCAAGGAAACUCUGUUAAUUUUCGUGGGUGAUCUCGUGUUUAAAGGACCCAAGACUCUAGAAGUUAUACGUUUUGUUAGAGAGACAGGCUCGUUUUCCGUCAGAGGGAAUCAUGAACAAUCUAUUUUAACCGAAAUCCUUCACAAAAGAAGAAACGAACCUGUGCGAGAGAAACGCAAGUUUGUGUACGAUUUGACUCAAGAGGACGAAGAUUUCUUGCAAAAUCUACCUUUCACGAUAAGUGUACCUUCAUUCAAUGUCCUAGUGGUUCAUGGCGGACUGCUGCCUGGAAUACCUGUACAACAACAAGAUCCUUUGGGUAUGAUGUUCAUCAGAAACUACAUUCCAGAGAAGUUCCAAGGAACAGCAGGAAUUGAGGAAGGCUUGCCAUGGGCGUCAACGUGGAGUGGUCCUCAGCAUGUAGUAUUUGGACACGAUGCUCGCCGAGGUGUGCAGCAAUACAAGUAUGCGACUGGGAUUGACUCUGGAUGUGUGUAUGGGAAUUAUCUGACUGGCAUCUUAAUAGAAGACGGUAUCUGGGCUAAUAGGAAAUUGGUACAAGUCAAAGCAAAGAAAAAAUACACUCUAAAAGAGAGUUGACUUUUGUCGAGCUAUACUAUUGAGAUGUAGAAUAUGACUUUCUUUUUUCAAGCAGACCAGUGGACCUAAGUACUCAAAAGAGAGACAUGAUAAGGUUUUACAACAACAAUUAAAAUUUUACCCAAUCACUAAUUAAGAUUCACAUGUUAAUGCAAGAGUUUGAAAAGUCUUCUAACCUGUGGUUGGUAGAGAAAGCAUAAUUUUGAUGAGUGAGCACUCAGUAUUUUCCUGGUACAAAUCAUAACUGCCAUCCUUGAUUUUUUAACAGCAGGGGAAGGCUAGGAAUGGAAAGAAUCCUAUACCAAAGGAGUGAGAGACAGUCAAAAGGAGGGGGAGGGGGUGAGGCAAUAGAAAUCUUCUCACCUUCCCUUCCCCUUCCCUUGAUGUGCAAUAUCCUAACAAAUCUCCAUAUUUAGCUCUAACCAAGUUCAAUCAUUAUUUGAUCAUUUAAAAAAAUCAAAGGGCUUUUGGAACCAGCUCAUCCAUGUUAUGGCUUAAGUUUGUAUUGAUUUCUUGGACUUGUUGAAUAUAUGUACAGUUGAAUUUGGUUUAUUUGAACUUUCAGACUUCUGGAAUAAAUUUUCUUUUAUGUUUUGGGCA